AUGAGUGCACCACCUGCUACUAUUGCAGCUACGGCCAAACAAACUGCUAGUGUGAUCUUUUUGCAUGGUCUCGGUGAUGUUGGAGCAAGUUGGCGGGAAGCCAUUGAGAUGUAUCGAAUUCACAAAGCUGUUCCAUACGUAAAAUUUAUAUUUCCUAAUGCUCCAACUCAAAGAGUUACAUUAAAUAUGGGAAUGCCCAUGCCAGCUUGGUUUGAUAUUUAUGGUCUUGACAAAAAUGCUAGAGAAGAUCAAGCAGGCAUUGAAAAAUCGUCAAAAUUUUUAAAUGAGCUUGUUGAAGAAGAAAUUAAAAAUGGAAUAUCACCAGAACGUAUAAUAGUCGGUGGUUUUUCAAUGGGUGGCGCUGUUGCUAUUCAUGCAGCACUAACUUCUCCUCAUACACUUGGCGGAGUAGUGGCUUUAUCGACAUGGCUGCCCUUGUCUACAACAUUUCCUCAAGCACUUGUAGCCGGUGAUAAAAAAAUCAAUUUACCAAUUCUUCAAUGUCAUGGUGAUCAAGAUACGCUGGUUCAAUUACAAUGGGCUCGUCUCACUGAGCAAGGAGUUAAAGCGAUGGGAUUUAAACAAUAUGCUUUCAAAGAAUAUAGAAAUAUGAGUCAUGAGUCAUGUCAUCAAGAAAUGGAAGAUGUCAGUAAAUUUAUCGCCCAAAACUUGCCAAAAAUCAAUUAA